CCUUUGUGUGAGAUCUUCGGAAAAGAAGACCGUAACUCGAGAAUUCUCCGAUUCUCGGUAAUUUGGAUGCGCACGUACGCAGGCAGUGUUUGGUUUUGAGUUGUUCUAGUUUGUUAAAUUUGAUAAAUCAUUCUUAGUGUAGAAAAUUAAAUAUGUCGAACGCGAGUGCUCCAGAUUCAUGGGAACAACAGGCAGAUUCGGGCGCCGCAGAUGCCGUGGCUGCCAACGAUAUGUCGGCUAAAUUUUCCACGUUGAACGUGAACGCAGCCGAGUUUGUGCCUUCAUUCUUUUCACCUUCACAAUCGGAUUCGCCAACCAAAUCACAAGGUUCCGAUGGUCAGACUCCCGUCCAAAACGGUGUGGGAGUUGCAGAUGUGGCCAUGAGUGGUGUUAGUGGAGGAAGCGGUGGGGAGCGAGAUGGGGGUGAACCGCCUGGGGCCCCACCUCCUGUCGACAGUUGGGAAGAAGCCGCUGAUGUUGAAGUCAUCCUCACUCCGGACAAUGAAGAAGGUUCGGAAAAUGUUGGUGAAGCAAGUGAUCUAGGGGAAGCCAUGGAAGUAGAUGAGGCGCCCAAACCCCUCAAAAAACCCAAAGCUUUAGCUGAAAAGAAUAAGGACAAAAAGGAACAUGUCAACGUAGUAAUCAUUGGACACGUAGAUGCUGGUAAAUCUACUAUUGGUGGUCAAAUAAUGGCUCUCACUGGCACUGUUGACAAACGCACACUAGAAAAAUAUGAAAAAGAAGCAAAGGAAAAAGGACGAGAAUCAUGGUAUCUGUCGUGGGCGUUGGACACUAAUCAAGAAGAGAGAGAGAAGGGGAAAACAGUUGAGGUAGGACGAGCAACGUUUGAAACAGAAAAGAAGCGAUUCACUAUUUUAGAUGCUCCUGGACAUAAAAGUUUUGUGCCUAACAUGAUUGGUGGUGCCGCUCAAGCCGAUUUAGCCGUUCUGGUAAUAUCAGCACGAAAAGGAGAGUUUGAAACUGGUUUCGACCGAGGUGGCCAAACUCGUGAACAUGCUAUGUUAGCUAAGACUGCCGGCGUCAAACACAUGGUUGUACUUAUCAAUAAAAUGGAUGACCCAACUGUGGAGUGGUCAGAAGCAAGAUAUUUAGAAUGUAAAGAUAAACUUUUGCCAUAUCUUAAGAAAUUAGGUUUCAAUCCACAAAAAGAUUUGUCAUUCAUGCCUGCCUCUGGACAGACUGGCUUAGGAAUCAAAGAACAGUUAGAUGAAAAAAUAUGUCCCUGGUACAGAGGACCCCCUUUCAUUCAGUUCAUCGAUAGUUUGCCAUCACUUAAUAGGAAAAGUGAUGGUCCGUUCUUACUUCCAAUAGUGGAAAAAUACAAAGACAUGGGCACAGUUGUAAUGGGCAAAGUAGAGUCAGGAGAAAUCAAGAAAGGAAUGUCCCUAAUUCUAAUGCCUAAUAGGUCAAAUGUGUCUGUAGAUCAGUUGUGGUCUGAUGAUGAUGAAGUCUCAGAAGCUGGACCGGGUGAAAAUAUUAAAGUUAAAUUAAAAGGAGUUGAAGAAGAAGAUGUUUCUCCUGGUUUUGUUCUUUGUGACCCUUCCACUCCUGUGACAACUGGCAGAAUCUUCGUGGCCCAGGUGGUUAUUUUAGAGCAUAAGAGUAUUAUUUGUGCUGGUUAUUCCGCAGUCAUGCACAUCCAUUGUGUAGCCGAGGAAGUAACUGUCCAGGAAUUAGUGACAUUAGUGGAUAAAAAAACUGGCGAGAAAACAAAAACAAGGCCGCGCUUUGUGAAACAGGAUCAAGUAGCUAUUAUGGUACUUGAGUGUGCUGGUACAGUAUGUUUGGAGCCCUUCAAACAAGUUCCGCAGAUGGGUAGAUUCACUCUACGAGAUGAAGGUAAAACAAUUGCAAUUGGCAAAGUACUCAAAAUCAAGGAAUAAGCAUUAAAAUGAAUUGUUACCUCAACUUUGACUAAAAACUGCAGGUUUGCAAGUAAAUAAUUUAAACUGCAUAAUGUUGAAGGGUAUUGUCGAUGCAGGAAUUAUGUGACAUUUUUGCCAUUUCCAUAAUCAUGUAUUCAAGGACCAACGGUCCUAAAGCCUCUCAUGAUAUGAACAAAUAUUCAGUAUAGCUUCAAGCCAAAACCUGGACUCUGAUCUGUCAUACUUGUCUGUAAUUAUGAAGAUAGUUAUCAGUUGCCAAUUUUGUAAGAAUGUCCGGUUCCAUACUGGAUUUUGUGCGUAAUAUCUAACCAUACCAUCUGUCAAUACCACGGAGACAAGGGUUUUAGGGGAAAAGAAAAAUAAAAAAACAAUUCUCCUUGCCCCUAAGUGUCACUUAGCUUCUCCAUCCAUGGUACCCUUCCAUUGAAACACUGAUGUUCUGGAACAAGUAUAAUUCAAGGAAAAUAGGAAAGUUUAAGCAAAUCUUGCAAAGUUGGGUUGUGUACUUGUAAUCUGCAAUUGCAAUUUUGUACAAAGUGAUGCAGCAAGCUGGCUUAAAGGUUAAAGCAGUCACAUCAAAUAUGAGCAUAAUUAAACUCUUUUACUAGCAAUGAAUAUUUUAUAAUAUUUAUAUAAUUCGGAUGGAAAAAACAAAUCAAAAAUUUUCCUUUUUUCCCCCUUUUUUUCUUGUCUUUUUUUACUUGAGAAUAGCUUUGUAUGCUCAGAAAUAUUUAUAGCAUAGUCGAUUUGGCUUGUUCACCACAUUCUGAAAAUAUUUUUUGUGUUGAAGUUUUGGAUUUAUGACCGUGUUUAGCGGGAAAAUUCACAAUAGGAACCUUUUCCAGCUCAGAUGAAACCUCUCUUCCUGACAAGUCUAUUUUUGGUAACAAAAAGUGUAAUCGAACAUAAAAUUGAAAGUUCAAUUCAGACUCCAAGGGCCAUCCCAAACGUAAGUUUCCCCUGAUGCAUCUUCGAAACCAGUGAAGACAAAUUUGAUGUGAGAAAAAAUUUGUCAUACUCUCACAUUUAUAAUGAAGCGUAGAAACUUAAAAUAGGCCUCCUUUUGUAACUAAAUAGACGAUGUGUUACUGUUAAGAUCUGAUUACAAGGCCAGGAAAGAGUAAAAAAAGAGAUCAGAUCCUGUUAUCACGGUAAACGAAGGAAAGAAUCCUACUUAAAUGCAUCCAUCAGCAGAUGAAAAGCAUUCACGCAGCAUGUGAUCAAAGGGAAGGAAAUUGGCAGGCCAAAAAUGUUGGUCUUCAUUAGUUUCACCUCGGACAUGAGUAUUGUAAAGUUUUUUUAAUGAGAUGCAGCACCUGCGAUGAAAUGGCAAGAUAAAAACUCAACAGCAAAAAUCCCCUCAUAAGCUCAGGAGAUACCUCCCUGCAUGAUUUUUAUUGUAGUGAGGUUGCAUAGGAUCAUUGUUAUUCCGUUUUAAGCAUUUUUAGACAAACGCAAGAAAAAGGUCAGCUCACCCACUAAAACUAACUUACUAACUUGUAACCCAAUUGGCUGAUCUUAAGCUUUCAUAACUUGUUGGGAAAAAAAAGAAUAUGAUACGCUAAAAUCUUUCUCUCUGACUGAGUUCAUCUUUAUUAGCUGUAUGAGAAAAAAUGAGGUUAAACCUGGUGCCAAAGCAGUAAGGAAUCCUUUACUUCUUGCUAACAAAUGGUAGCGCUUCUCUUUGCUUUGCCAUCACCCCCAUUUAAACAUCAUGAAAUGGGUGUGAAUGCAGAGGAAGUGAGAGGGGGAAGAAACAUCGGAUCUGUCAAAUUCACAGAAGUGUAAACUAAGAGAACAAGAUUGAAAAUGAUUGUAGUCGUAGAAACCGUUGUUCGAAAUUAGUUUUUUUAUGUUGAUUAUUGAAACUUAUGCCAGCACGACAAGACAUUGAUGAUCUAUAUUUUACAUGGCACAGAUGUAUCAAGAAAUAGUUUCAACAAUCAGCCCCUUGUAUUCAGUCCUUCGUUGAUUCAUUAGGAGACGUAAGGAUUUUGUCAGAUGAGACUGUUGCGGUUUAGAAGUUGGCAAAAUUAUUUUUGUUGAAAUCCUUUGGCCUUUAAGAAUGACCCCUGGAGACAAGCAUUAUAUCGUUUGCUAAAUAACAAGUAGCUUCCGUACUUUGAGAGAAGCCGAUACAUCUCAGAACAAAAACUCUAACACUUACAGAUAUUUUUGCAAGUUUGUGCUCGUAUCAGUGAUGUGGAUUUUGCAUGAAGUCAGCUGCUGUGAGCGAAAACUCGUAUUUGUAUAUUUUACACAAGGAUAUAUAUUUACAUGUUUAAAUGCAUAUAUUAUAAAUGAACUCCUUUUUUAUAGGAAAUUACCCCUUCCUUUAAUUUUUUUUCUUUCAGUUCUGCAAAUAAAAUUUCUUUUAUACAUACCAUAUUUAAUCAUAUUACCCUACAGUUUUUUUAGAUUUAUUGAAUUUUUCACAUUGUAAAUUUUCUCAUUGGGCAUCCCAAUGAAACGAGGGUCAAGGAAAAUUCGACCAAUACAUCAUGUGUCACAAAAUGAACUGAUUUUCUCUCAUUCGUGGCUGCGCUAAUUGUAGUGACAGACAAAAAAAUUUAUUUUUCAUACCUUGUCAAAUUUUUAUCUUGCACUAAUGCAUAUUUUACUGUAAAUAUAAUUUCUAAAAACGAAGAGCACGUUGGAACCGAUUCCUCAUUUAGUGAUGAAGUUGAAGUCAUUUGUUUCUAUGAAAAGUAGAUGCUUUUUCAUUUUGGAAAUAGGUGUCUGUGCUCAAGUUUAAUCCUAGGCUGGGUAAGAUAAUGUUGUAUUUGCAACAACUAGAACAUUGUAUAGACUGGAUGAAGGAAAACAAUGUUACGUGUAUUAUUGAAAUAAAUUUGUUAUGAAAUUAUUUUGUAAAAACCAA